UUCCUUUCACCUGCUUUCAUCCUUGUAAGUUGUAUCUCUCGCGUAAUUUCAUUAACUAAUAAAACCACUUCACGACAUUAUUAUUUCUCACGUACCCUCUUUCCCAACAAUAACCGAAUCUAAGUGUAAACUGUACACCACAAACAAAAGAGAGUCUCUGUCUCUUUCAUUCACAUUUCCCAGUUCUGAAAAACCCUAUAUCAGUGUUCCUCAUUCUCUCUCUCGCCGGAAAACCGCCUCGGGAUGAGGAACCGCGGUGGUUGGUUUGGGUGACGUGGAUCGAAAUGGGUGUGUGGAAGGCUCGGUUGCUGUCGACCAACCUGCCUCUGUUGCACCCCAACGCCAAACACAGUUGUUGGAGAUCCACGGCGCCUCCGCCGCUGCCGCCACCAAAGUCCGUUUCUUGGUCGGUGAUUUGCGGUGUAAUGCUAUUUGGGCUGGGCCUCAUCUCCCUCUUAACGGGCCACGUGGCAUCUCAUCUCGAAUGGUACUCUCACCGACUCCGCCACCACGCUCUCUACUCCACACUGGAUGAAAGUGAACACGCGCCGAUUGAUAUCUGGGAAUCACAGUUUUCGAAAUACUACUAUGGAUGCAAAGAGAGAGGGCGACAUUUUGGUCCUGCUGUACGCGAGCGCAAGUCUAAAGGCUACUUGCUAAUUGCAACUAGUGGAGGACUGAACCAACAAAGAACUGGGAUAACAGAUGCAGUUGUUGUUGCAAGAAUUCUUAAUGCUACAUUAGUUGUACCUGAGUUGGAUCAUCAAUCUUUUUGGAAAGAUGACAGUGACUUUGCCAAUAUUUUCGAUGUGAAUUGGUUCAUUACAUAUCUCGCAAAAGAUAUUACUAUUGUUAAAAGAGUUCCUGAUAAGAUCAUGCGGUCAAUGGAGAAACCCCCUUAUACAAUGCGUGUACCGAGGAAAUCAGAACCUGAAUAUUAUCUUGAUCAAGUUUUGCCGAUACUCUCGAGAAGACGGGUUCUGCAGUUGACAAAAUUUGACUAUAGACUUGCAAAUAAUCUUGAUGAUGAGCUGCAAAAAUUACGUUGCCGUGUUAAUUAUCAUGCCUUGAGAUUUACUAAACCUAUACGAGAACUUGGUCAAAGACUUGUAAUGAGAAUGCAAAAGAUGGCAAGCCGUUAUAUAGCAGUCCAUUUGAGGUUCGAGCCAGAUAUGCUGGCAUUUUCAGGUUGUUAUUUUGGUGGUGGUGAAAAAGAAAGACGCGAGCUAGGUGAAAUCAGGAAAAGGUGGACAACACUGCCUGAUUUGAGCCCUGAUGGAGAGCAGAAGCGUGGGAAAUGUCCUCUUACUCCUCAUGAAGUGGGUCUGAUGCUGCGAGCACUUGGUUUUACAAAUGACACAUAUCUCUAUGUUGCAUCAGGAGAAAUAUAUGGUGGGGAUGGGACCAUGCAGCCUCUCAAAGAUCUUUUCCCCAACAUUUAUACAAAGGAGAUGCUUGCUCAAGAAGAAGAGCUGAAACCUUUUCAUCCAUUCUCUUCCCGCCUUGCUGCUAUUGACUACAUUGUUUGUGAUGAAAGUAAUGUAUUUGUUACUAACAAUAAUGGUAACAUGGCCAAAAUCCUUGCCGGUCGAAGGAGGUAUAUGGGUCACAAAAGAACCAUCAGACCAAAUGCAAAGAAGCUUAGUGCGCUGUUCAUGUCAAGGCAUGAGAUGGACUGGGAUACAUUUGCAAGUAAGGUUAAAGCAUGCCAAAGAGGAUUCAUGGGAGAGCCAGAUGAGAUGAGACCUGGAAGAGGAGAGUUUCAUGAAUAUCCAAGCACAUGUGUGUGUGAGAAACCAUUCAUGGAUGAUAUCAGCCAAGACGGACUCCGGCCCCCUAAACUCGCAGCCAACAAUGUGACAAUGAAUGGAGGAGGAAAUGAAGAAAGUGUUGUACUACAAAAGCGAAGUGGGAGAAGGGCUAGCACGUGAUAAAGAUGAGUAAAUUUGAACCAGCGUAGCAUCAUUAAUUUGGAGGAAGAAGAUAAGUAUGACAGUUAAUGGCAGCAAAUGCUCUACGGCAGCGCCUCCAUUUUAAUUUCUGAUUUUGCAACUAUCAUGUUAGUGCUAAUUUAAUUAGUCACGGCCAUGAUGAAAAUCCACUUUAUUCACAUGGGAAUGAUUCAAUUCAGAUUCAUGUAUAGGGCAAAACGUAAGAGACAUCAACGCAUUACAAAUGUUAUUAAUAGAUAUGUUUGAAUUAGAAUCAGUAUGAGCUCAUACAUUUAUAGGUGAUUUUAUUUUGCGACGAAA